UAAACCCGCCUGUUAUAAACUCUGCUAACGGCUAACGCUCACAGUCCACUGCGCACGAGACACAGAGACGAGCGGAGCAGCGCGCGCCGGGGAACAGGCGCCAGGCAGAACAGGCGCGAGCUCCCUACAAGUCCAGCAGGCGACCACAGAGCUGCUCUGGGAGAAGAAACUACAUCGACCCUGACAACACCACCACAGAAACGAGUGAAAAUGGGCAAAAAGUACGACUUGACCGCGGAGACAAGAAAUAGCAACCAGAAUGGGGACCUCAGCAGCGGGAAAAAAGGAGAUAAAAAAGAGAAAGGAGAUAAAAAAGAGAAAGAUGCUAAGUUGCCAAUGGUUGGACCAAUAGAAGUAUUCCGUUAUGCAGACAGCGUAGACAUUUUCCUUAUGCUGGUUGGGACUAUAAUGUCUAUGGCCAAUGGAGCAGUACUUCCUGCUAUGGUGAUUGUAUUUGGAGACAUGACGGACAGCUUUGUGCAGAAUGAAGUAUCAAGCAACAUUGGAAACAUUACUCCUCCCUUCAAUUUUACCUGGCCUACUUCCAAUGAAACUCUUGGAGAGCAGAUGACCAGGCAUGCCAUUUACUACAGCAUCAUGGGAGGUAUAGUCCUUUUCGCAGCUUACAUGCAGGUGGCUUUCUGGACACUGGCUGCAGGACGACAGGUGAAGAGGCUCAGAAAGAUGUUCUUUCAUGCCAUUAUCAAGCAAGACAUUGGCUGGUUUGAUGUGAACGAGACAGGACAGCUCAACACACGUCUCACAGACGAUAUCUAUAAAAUAAAUGAAGGCAUCGGAGACAAGAUGGGCAUGUGUAUUCAGUCCCUCACCACCUUUUUCACUGGCUUCAUUGUGGGCUUUGCCAAAGGCUGGAAACUCACUCUUGUCAUCCUCUCCAUAAGCCCCCUGCUUGGCAUCUCAGCUGCAGUCAUCGCCAAGGUGAUGACGACGUUCACCUCCAAGGAGCAAACUGCAUAUGCAAAGGCCGGAGCUGUGGCUGAGGAGGUGCUGUCUGCCAUUAGGACUGUUUUUGCUUUCGGAGGACAAAAGAAAGAGAUACAAAGGUAUCAUAAAAACCUUGAAGAUGCUAAGAACGUGGGUAUAAAGAAAGCAAUCACAGUGAACAUUGCUGUGGGUUUCACGUACUUCAUGAUCUACAUUUCCUAUGCUCUGGCCUUCUGGUACGGCAGCACGCUGAUUCUGGAUAAAGAAUACACAGCUGGAACGUUGCUGACAGUUUUCUUCGCUGUCGUAAUUGGGGCGUUCGGCCUUGGCCAGACCUCUCCAAACAUCCAAGCGUUCUCUAGCGCACGAGGUGCUGCCCACAAGGUUUUCAGCAUCAUUGAUCAUCAUCCAAGCAUUGACAGUUUCUCAGAUGCAGGCCACAAACCUGACGUGGUCAAAGGAGACAUUGAGUUCAAAAACAUUCACUUCAGCUACCCUUCACGGCAGGAUGUGAAGGUCCUUGAUGGCAUGAAUCUUAAGAUCAGCAGUGGACAGACUAUUGCUCUUGUGGGUAGCAGCGGGUGUGGCAAAAGCACAACAGUUCAGCUACUCCAGCGCUUCUAUGAUCCCCAAGAAGGAGUAGUGAGUAUAGAUGGUCAUGACAUUCGCAGUCUGAACGUGCGUCGUCUGAGGGAGCUGAUUGGUGUGGUGAGUCAGGAGCCAGUGCUUUUCGCCACCACCAUCGCUGAGAACAUUCGCUACGGCCGUGAGGACGUCACACAGGAGGAGAUUGAGCAGGCCACACGUGAAGCUAACGCCUACGACUUCAUCAUGAAGCUCCCUGACAAAUUCGAGACCCUUGUGGGAGACAGGGGCACCCAGAUGAGUGGUGGGCAGAAACAGCGAAUCGCCAUCGCACGAGCACUUGUUCGCAAUCCCAAGAUCCUUCUGUUGGACGAGGCUACGUCUGCUCUGGACACAGAGAGUGAGGCCAUCGUACAGGCAGCCCUGGAUAAGGUGAGACUUGGCAGGACGACCAUUAUAGUGGCCCACCGUUUAUCCACUAUACGCAAUGCAGAUGUUAUCGCUGGAUUCCAGAAUGGCAAAAUUGUUGAGCUGGGUACACAUGACCAUCUGAUGGGGAUGAAGGGAGUUUAUCACUCUCUUGUAACUAUGCAGACCUUUAAUAGCACUGAGGCCAUGGAGGACAAGGCAGAAGAGGUAGGGCUGGAUGAGAAGAGUCCUUCUGUCAACUCUAUGACUGAGCACACUCUCUUCAGACAAAAAUCCAUGAGCUUUACUGGCUCGGAGAAAAAGCAGGAGGAUGGAGAUAAAGACCCAGCGCAGGAAGAAAAAGUUCCAGAGGUGUCAUUCUUCAAAGUGCUGAGUCUGAAUAAGACUGAAUGGCCCUACAUUGUAGUGGGUGUCUUAUCUGCCAUCAUCAAUGGUGGCAUGCAGCCUGCGUUUGCGGUCAUCUUCUCCAAAAUGGUUGCUGUGUUUGCUGAGGUCGAUGAGAAUGUUGUAAGAGAGAAGUCGAAUAUCUUCUCCUUGCUGUUUGCCGUUAUUGGGGCCGUUUCCUUCGUUGCACUUUUCUUACAGGGUUUUUGUUUUGGUAAAGCUGGUGAGAUUCUGACCAUGAGGCUGAGGCACAGAGCCUUUAAAGCCAUGAUGAGACAGGAUCUUGGCUGGUAUGAUGACCCUAAGAAUAGUGUGGGCGCUCUGACCACCAGGCUGGCCACAGACACUGCUCAAGUGCAAGGCGCAACGGGGUUAAGAAUGGCUACGCUGGCUCAGAACGUGGCCAACCUGGGCACUUCCAUUAUCAUCUCAUUUGUGUACGGCUGGCAGCUCACCCUCCUAAUACUUUCCAUUGUGCCAAUCAUGGCUGUUGCUGGUGCUAUCCAGAUGAAGAUGUUAGGAGGCCAUGCCGUAAAAGACAAGAAGGAGUUAGAGCAGGCUGGAAAGAUUGCCACAGAAGCCAUAGAAAAUAUACGCACGGUUGUGUCACUGACCAGAGAAAGCAAGUUUGAGAUCCUCUACCAGCAGAACCUGAUAGUGCCUUACAAGAACGCCGUGAAGAAGGCUCAUGUUUUUGGCUUGACGUUCUCUUUCUCCCAAGCCAUGAUCUAUUUUGCCUAUGCUGGCUGCUUCAAAUUUGGCUCCUGGCUCAUUGAGCAGAAGAUGAUGGAUUUCGAGGGUGUUUUCCUUGUAAUCUCAGCAGUAAUGUAUGGAGCAAUGGCAGUGGGUGAAGCCAACUCCUUUACUCCAAACUACGCCAAAGCCAAGAUAUCUGCCUCUCAUGUCCUAAUGCUCAUCAAUCGAGUCCCGGAUAUCGAUAACGGCUCAGAGGAGGGAGAAAAGCCGGAUCACUUUGAAGGUAAUGUGCGCUUCCAGGAUGUACACUUUAAAUAUCCAUCGCGGCCGGACAUACCCGUGCUGCAGGGCCUGCGGAUCCGAGUGAAGAAGGGUCAGACUCUUGCCCUGGUGGGCAGCAGUGGCUGUGGCAAAAGCACCACCAUCCAGCUGCUGGAGAGAUUCUAUGACCCUCUGCGGGGCUCAGUGAUGCUGGACAACAACGAUGCAAAGCAGCUGAACAUCCAUUGGCUGCGAUCCCAAAUUGGCAUUGUAUCCCAGGAGCCCGUGCUGUUCGACUGCAGCCUGGCAGAGAACAUUGCGUAUGGAGACAACAGCAGGCAGGUCACGCAGGAGGAGAUCGAACAGGCCGCCAAGGCGGCUAACAUACACUCCUUUAUCGAGGGGCUGCCUCAGAAAUACCAGACCCAGGCAGGUGAUAAAGGCACUCAGCUGUCAGGUGGACAGAAGCAGCGUAUUGCCAUAGCGAGAGCCAUCCUCCGCAACCCUAAAGUACUCCUGCUGGACGAGGCCACGUCAGCCCUGGACACAGAGAGUGAAAAGAUAGUGCAGGAGGCGCUGGAUAAGGCUCGUGAAGGCCGUACCUGUAUCAUUGUGGCUCACCGGCUGUCUACCAUCCAGAACGCUGACACCAUCGCUGUGUUUCAGAACGGCGUGGUGGUGGAGCAGGGCACGCACCAUCAGCUCCUCAACCAGCAGGGGGCAUACUACUCCCUCGUCAAUUCACAGAUGGGUCAUGGGAGAUAGGGCGGCCGGGAGCCGCACCAGAACUCGCACACAGGUAGAGGAUGAGGGAGAGCUAGGGCUCAUUUUUGGAAGAAGCAGUUUUGAAUUUCUACUGUAAAGAGUGAGGAAGUCAUUCCAUUUAGGAAGGCCUUUGCAUUUAUACCUGUCAUGUAAGACAGAAAAUCCUUUGUGGUUGACUUGCUUUAACCACGUCGUUCUGUUAUUUAUUCAACACUAUAGUAUUGACAUCAUACGGCUGGGCUGGAUAAGGGUGUUGAAAAAAAAAAAAAACGCACAUUUUGAAUACUGGUGGCUAUAUAAACACUAGAAGAGGUCGCUUGUGACAGAACGAAGACCAAAGAUGCAUUACUUCUGAGACUCGGCGUGAAUGAUGCCUCAUUAUCUCUGGUUCUGUACUGUAAGCAUAGCAAACCAUUCCACUAAGUUAGUAUAAUCUCCUAAUAGUCAGUCGUACACACACAUAGCAGCACUUCUUACAGCUAUAGUUUAAAGAGCACAUCCAUGCCUACGUUAUGAGGAGUUAUGGAGUCUUUGCGUGCUGUCAUAUACAUACAACAGCAAGCCAAAGAGAAGAUUAUGACCAUAAUCAGCAGCAUCAUCUUUUAUAUCAUGUGAUUUUUGGGUGUAGAAAUAGAUAAAUCAUUUGCCUCAUAGAAACCUUUUACAGUAAUGAGACCGACACUGUCAUUGCACUUUAAGAAAAGGGGGGAAAAAAGGCAGAAAAUACUUUACUUAAUUUUUUUGUAAAUCAGAAAUAUCUCUAAGUAAUGCUUUGGCAAUUAUUUAUAAAACUAACACAGGGCAUUGAAUUGCUUUACCGUCUGUGUUGCACUGUUCUGCAGGAGCGCAGAUUUUUUGCACUGGCUAUCUAUGUUUGUGAAAUAAAGCUCCUUUUCACUUUCA